AUGAAAGAAGCUCCGAGUAUUAUUCCAACAUCCGAUGUAUCCAAGGAGAAGGCAACGAAUAAUGUAAGCCCAACUUGGAAGUCGUUUAAAGAAUCUCUCAACGACGGAGACCGGGCUAUGAUGAGCGACCUCGUGACAUCCUUCCAACGCACAGUUAUUGAAGGCAAGCCUUCGGUUACGCUUGUCGAUACUUCUGCUGGUAUGAACGAGCUACUAAGCGCUCUGGCAAAUCUACCCGUUAAACCUCCCUCAUUGUAUGUCGACCUUGAAGGCGUUGACCUCAGCCGAGACGGCACGAUAUCAAUCAUACAGAUCUUCAUCCUUCCUCUAAGGCGGACAUUUCUGAUCGACAUCCACAUAUUGAAAGGCAAAGCCUUCUCCCAGCCAGGGCCAUCUGGAUUAACCCUUCGUUCCGUUCUUGAAUCACCUUUGAUCCCAAAGGUCUUCUUCGAUGUCCGUAAUGACUCGGACGCGCUUUUCGCCCAUUAUCAAAUCGACCUUGCUGGCAUACAAGACCUCCAGCUCAUGGAACUUGCAACGCGAAGUUGUUCGAAGAAACUCGUCAGAGGAUUAGGAAAAUGCAUGGAGUAUGAUGCCCCGAUGACCAGAAGAGAAAGAGAGGAUUGGAAACGCACGAAAGAUACUGGACGAAGGUUAUUUGCGCCGGAAUUGGGUGGUUCUUAUGAAGUAUUCAACAUUCGGCCACUAACGGAUGAAAUCUUGCAAUACUGUGCGCAGGAUGUUCAAUUCUUACCGAAGUUGUGGCAGAAAUACCAUGAGAAGAUGAGUCUGUUAUGGGAAGUGGAGGUGGAUGCAGAAUCAAAACAUCGUGUGAGGCUUUCGCAAUCUCCUACAUAUUUUGCCAAAGGAAAAGAUAAAGCCUUAGGACCAAGGCACUGGUCCUAA